AUGGGAGAUACUGUUUACAUAGUCCAUAGACAGCUUGAGAGGAUACCGACCAUUCCAGAGCAUGCUCGGACAGUUGAUCUACGGCGGAACAAUAUAUCAAGAAUGGUUUUGAAUAAGGCUGAGCUCGUCGAGUAUCUUGAUUUGUCGGACAACCGAAUAAGAGAGAUUUCGGACCUUGAGAAUGUUCCAAGACUAAAGAUACUGGACUUAAGCUAUAACUUGAUAUCGGACAUCUUAAUACCCCGUAUGGAUAUUGAGGAACUAUACCUGAUUUCAAACGAUAUUUCGACGAUCCGUGGCCUGGAUCUUCCUCGAAUCAAGAAGCUGGACUUGGCUGUAAAUGAUAUAUGCAGGAUCGAGAAUCUAGGCAACUGCAUAACGUUGGAAGAGCUCUAUCUUGGAAGUAAUAGAAUAAGAGCGGUGGAGGGUUUAGAAGAUCUGACAAGUUUGAAGAUAUUGGACCUCCAAAACAAUGAGCUUGAGGUGGUUGAUUGUUCCAUGAUACCUAGCAGUGUUGAGGUUCUUCUUCUUGGGGAGAAUAGAGAUCUUAGAGUAGUAGAGAAGACUGAGCACCUUCCUCGCCUGAGGAUUCUUGGGUUGGAGAAGACAAGUGUUCCAAAAGACCUAAUAGAGGGAGGGUUUACUAUUUGGAGAUGA